AUGACCACAGCGACGAAUGAAAUUUUAUCUAUUAGUAAUAAUAUUUUAACAUCUCUUCCACAAGAAAUACUUGAUGAAGAGGAUUCUAAUAUUUUCGAAGACUUGGGAGCAUCGAAAUUUUUGCCAACCCCAACAAAUAAUUCAGAAGCUAAAGACAGCAUCGUACAGAAAAAUGACAUGAAUAACCAAUCAACAAUUGAAAAUAUUGGUAAUAAUAAUUUAACAUCUCUUCCACAAAAUAUAUUCAGUGAAUUGAAAUCUCUACGUCGAUUGAAAUUAGAUACAAAUAAACUGACCAGUCUAGAGCUUAAUACCUUUCAUAAUUUGUACAAUCUUGAAAUUUUAUCUAUUAGUAAUAAUAAUUUAACAACUCUUCCACAAGGAAUAAUUGAUGAAGAGGAAUCUAAUAUUUUCGAUGACUUGGUCAAUCUCAGAGUUUUAGAUAUUCAUAAUAAUAAUCUAACAGAUCUUCCAACUUAUAUUUUCUUUGAAAACUAUGCUCUUCAAUUUUUAUGUUUACAAUCAAACAAUCUCAAUGAAUUAAAGCCUGAAGUUUUCGAUUAUGUAAUGCAGCUUCAUUUGCUCAAUAUUAAAGAUAAUAAAUUCAGCCUUACAGACGAUGAUAAAAAAUUAAUUUUAAACAAUAUGCAACAGCAAAGUUACGAUGAAUCUACUCCAUAUAAUAUUAUUAGAAAUGAACAGUGCCCUUUAUCACUGGAAUAUGAAAUACAAAUUGGUUCAUUUCAUUUCAAUAUUCGUAUACCUUAA